GUGUUGUACUCCCAGACUGGGACGUUGGAACACAUUACAGUUUUAAAGAAAACGGACUAUUUCAACAUGUGGACCGACUUAACAGCCUCAGACCAGGAGCGUCUCUGCUGGUCUGUCCCAAUGAGACCAUGUCUGCACCAGAAGGAGGGAACAUCACAAUCAAAGUCCACAUGGUUCUUCAGAGGGACUUGACCGAGAAUUCAGUGGACGUGACGAGACCUGACCUCAAGCGCGCGUGCGUCCAUGAAUACCGUAACAGGCGGAGCUAUCUCUCAAGUCAGAGUCCUCAGUAUAGAGGCAGGACCACCUUCGAUGAUGAACACCUGCACAAUGGAACCAUGGUUCUGAUAAUCUCUAAUGUAACCUGGGCUGAUAGUGGACUGUACAGAUUCGUGGUCCCACCACUAGGGGUCUGUACCGUCAGAGUCAGCGUGGUCAAUGAUUCCAGAACCACUGAGCCUCCAGAGACCAGCUCAGCUGGGACAAAUCACCACGGUAACCACUCAGAUGCUCUGAAGGAGGAUCCGCUCUGGAAAACUGUCCUGAUUUGGUCUGGAGUUGUUGCCUCCAUUGUCUUGGUUUCUGCUGCUGCUGCUGUGUUUUUCCUGUGGAAGUCUGGAAAGUUCAAGAAUCUGAAGUGCCAGCUCAGACAGUGGAGAAGACGUGAAGCUGAACGGACUCAGAACAGCCAUGAAAUGAAGAGUUUGAGGGAUGAAGAUGCAAACCACGCUGCUGAUGAAGCGUCCUGUGAGAGAGAUGUUUAACAACCAUCCAUGACAGCAGACACUGACCAAAAAUCAUUGCAUUAAUAGAAACAUGGCUCUCAGAAGACACAAAAGCUCUUGAUGAAUUUCCACAGUAGAAGAAUCCACAAACAGGUGUAGGGGUGGUCAUUUAUAUCUGACUACUACAGACUACGACUUUAUACAUAGAAAUGGUGACUUUAACAUCAAUCUUUUAACAGAGAAACAAAUCUUCCAACACAGAACUUUCUAGAUUCUAACUCUUUCUACCCUAUUAUUCAUAAACCCAGCAGAGUGAUGACAAAUCAGCUACACUAAUAGAUAAUAUUGUCACUAAUUCAAUCAAUCAAGUCCUCCAAUCAGGUCAACUAUAUACAGACCUCUCAGAUCAUUUCCCCAUCCUACUGUUUUCAGGACAGGAAACUGAACUUAUGCUCUCAGUACACGGUUUCAUCCAAACAAAUUAUCAAUCAAUUUAAAAAAAAUGUAAUUCAGUUUUAUUUCUGGGAAAGAAAAAAAUACAACACUGACAAAUGUAACGCUUUUAUCAGUGGUUUUCAA